AUGUUCGACCUGUUACAAAAACGGCGCGACAUUGCCUCAUUCACGUCGCUUCAGCGGAGACCAGCCUCAUCGAGUGCAAUCCGACGCUUUUCAGGUGCAUCCCCCGGCCAGAGAUACCUGGAUGGCCCCUGCGAGGUGGACGGCGACUGCGGCAUGGACCUCUUCAACCUGGAAUGCGUGGAUGAAAUCUGCCGGUGCAAGGAGGGAUACGUGCCGGCCGACGAGAUGAAAUGCAAGGAACCUGGAUUGGGCGAGAACUGCACGGUGGAGGUCGACUGCAGCCUCCCCAACGCGGACUGCGUCGAGGGGCCCGACGGAGUGUGGACGUGUCAGUGCCAGGAGGGGAGCCACGCCACGCCGGACGGAGAGCUCUGCAAUGCGGACAUCCCACCCAGCGGUGACUGCGACCACGACCCGGCAGGCUGCGUCGAAAACGCGGAUUGCAUCGACGGCACGUGCCAGUGCGUCAAUGGAUCCAAACCCACGCCGGACGGAUUCUGCCAAUAUUCCCUCCUGGGGGGCCCGUGCGAGGACGCGUCCCACUGCGAGGUGGAGCACUCCAUCUGCGCCAACGACACCUGCGAGUGCGACGACGGGUACGUCCCGGAGUCCAACACCACCUGUCGGUUGCCCGUCCUGGGCGAGGGUUGCGCGGACCACGUCGGCUGUGACGCGGCCAACUCCGGGUGUUUCGACGGGACCUGCUCCUGCCUCGAGGGAUUCGUCCAGGUCGACGGGGAAUGCAAAGAGCCGGGAAUCGGAGAGAGCUGCAACGACGAAGUCGGCUGCGGGCCCGUCCACUCGGCCUGCGUCGAGGGGCAAUGCGCCUGCGAUGCGGGAUACGUACACGAUGGGGAGAGAUGCAGGAUGCCGGACCUGGGGGAGAACUGCACGGACGUCGUCGGGUGCGAGGCCCAGCAGGACGUGGAAUGCAUCGAUCAGAUGUGUCAGUGCGUGGAGGGAUACUUCCAGAAUGGAAACGGCAUUUGUGAGAAGAAGGUCGGACUCGGCGAGGCCUGCUUCCAGGACGAGGCCUGCGAGGCGGAGCACUCCGCGUGCAUCGAGGACGUCUGCAACUGCUCCGCUGGAUAUAUAUUGUUCGAGGAUUGGCAGAACGAACUCAAAUGCCGGACGCCGAUUUUGGGAGAAGAAUGCCAUCCCGACGUUGGUUGCACAGAGAACAUCACCGAAUGCCAGGAAAACUUCUGCAAAUGUUCACAGGGAUACGUCGAAGAGGAUGCAAGAUGCAGGAUGCCAACUUUAGGAGAAGGAUGCGAUCCCGACGUUGGGUGUAGUGAGAACUUCACUGAAUGUCGGGAAGAACUCUGCAGAUGCUCACAGGGAUACGUCGAAGAGGAUGCACGAUGCAGGAUGCCAACUUUAGGAGAAGGCUGCGAUCCCGUCGUUGGGUGUACUGAGAACAUCACUGAAUGUCGGGAAGAAUUUUGCCGAUGCACACACGGAUACGUCGAAGAGGAUGCACGAUGCAGGAAGCCCAUCCUCGGGGAAGACUGCGACGCGGACGUCGGCUGCGAAGUCGAACAUGCAACCUGCGACAGCGGUGGAUGCCAGUGCCUUCAAGAAUACUAUGCCGUUGGAAACGCGACUUGCGCCGAAGACGUCGGACUCGGUGAAUCUUGCCCUUCGGAUGAUGCCUGCGGGGUGGAGCAUUCCGAGUGCAUUCAGGACCGCUGCAACUGCUCCGUUGGAUACAUGGAGAAUGAGGAUGGGCUCGAAUGCAGGUUGCCGAAUUUUGGAGAAGAUUGCCAGCAGUCCGUUGGAUGCGGCGGGGAAAACCUCGCCUGCCAGGGAAACUCCUGCAAUUGCACGUCCGGACACGUGGAGGACGGUCCGAAAUGCCGGUUGCCGAUUCUCGAAGAGGAGUGCGACGUAGACGUCGGCUGCAACGUCACCUACGCGGCCUGCAUGCGCGGCGUGUGCCGGUGCCUCGAAGAAUUCUACGCGAGGGGAAACCGAACCUGCGCGCCCGACGUCGGUCUCGGAGAGCCGUGUCCGUCAGACGACGCCUGCAAGGAGGAUUUCUCCGAAUGCCACCCUAACGAUGGCACCUGUCGCUGCGCCUCGGGCUACGUUCAGCAGGGGGAAAAAUGCCGGUUGCCGAAUUUUGGAGAAGAUUGCCAGCAGUCCGUUGGAUGCGGCGGGGAAAACGUCGCCUGCCAGGGAAACUCAUGCAAUUGCACGUCCGGACACGUCGAGGACGGUCCCAAAUGCCGGUUGCCGAUUCUCGAAGAGGAGUGCGACGUAGACGUCGGUUGCAACGUCACCUACGCGGCCUGCAUGCGCGGCGUGUGCCGGUGCCUCGAGGAAUUCUACGCGAGGGGAAACCAAACCUGCGGGUUCCCGAAUUUGGGAGAGGAUUGCCAGCAGUCCGUUGGAUGCGGCGGGGAAAACGUCGCCUGCCAGGGAAACUCCUGCAAUUGCACGUCCGGACACGUCGAGGACGGUCACAAAUGCCGGUUGCCGAUUCUCGAAGAGGAGUGCGACGUAGACGUCGGUUGCAACGUCACGUACGCGGCCUGCAUGCGCGGCGUGUGCCGGUGCCUCGAAGAAUUCUACGCGAGGGGAAACCGAACCUGCGCGCCCGACGUCGGCCUCGGAGAGCCGUGUCCGUCAGACGACGCCUGCAAGGAGGAUUUCUCCGAAUGCCACCCUUACGAGGCCACCUGUUACUGCCCCUCGGGCUACGUUCAGCAGGGGGAAAAAUGCCCUUUGGAGCAGCUCAUUUGCGAUGUGAUAUCGAACCGUGGGAAGCAGCCCAUUCAUCCUCUCCUUCGAGCGAUGUCGUUUCGGGAAAAGCAUGCAAUUCGGGUGUCGGAGGCCCCCGCCUGCAACAGGCCCUGGUGGUCCUCGCCCUUACCUUCUUCGGUGGACGGAGAUUCCUUCCCUUCUUUGGUGGAUGCUGAUGUCUUCCGUUCUUCGGUGGAUGCUGAUGUCUUCCGUUCGAGUGGUGGUGGGUCGCACUGGGUGCAAGAUUGCAUGGUUCUCAUGGUUCUUUUGAAUACAUACUGGUGA